UCUACACAGUCCGUUAUAAUAAUAUGAACGUACAACACUUACAAGCAUUGCUCCUUAUUUCUACAAUAUAUCUAACCAAUGGCCAGCCCUGGGACAUUACUGAGGACAUAAAAUAUAUAUUAGAAGAUAAAACUGAAGACAUGAAAGCGUUUUUUGACGAACAAAGGAGCAGAGUGGAGAAGGCCCUGAAUACAGGAUACAUUGAGGCUGUAAAGAUGAAAGACUCUGUAAGCAGUUACGUAGAUUCUCAACAACGGAAAAUCAGUGCGGAUAUAAAUAGCUACGUGGAAAGUGUUAAGGAAAGUGGUAGGAAAGUUGCGGAUACCUGGUCAUAUUUGCCAAUAGAAGAACCCGGUGCUCGAAUGGAACAGCCAGACUUGGUGCUUUCAGUGCCAGGAGUUAUAAUUCGCAACGGUUAUCCUUGUGAGACCCAUACAGUCGUUUCUGAAGGUUACAUUUUAAACCUACAUAGAAUACCCCAUUCUAAAAAUAAAGACGUUCCAAAGAAGACAGUGCUGUUACAACAUGGUCUGUUCGCUAGUUCUGCAGACUGGAUCUUGAAUGGCCCAGAUAAAGGACUAGCGUACGUGCUAGCCGAUGCGGGUUAUGACGUCUGGAUGUCUAACAUACGAGGAAAUAAAUAUUCCAAGGAACACGCUUGGCUGAAAACGAAUACGAAAUCAUAUUGGAACUUUUCCUGGCACGACAUAGCGCUUCACGAUCUUCCUGCAGUUAUUGACUACAUUGUUUCAAUUAAGAAAGGUGAUCCAAAAUUAACAUACAUCGGUCAUUCCAUGGGCACCACCAUUCUAUUUGCGAUGUUGACUCUAAGGCCAGAAUACAACAAUAUACUUAAAGCUGGAUUCGCGUUAGCACCUGUUGUGUUCAUGUCUGAUAUAAAAUCACCCUUAAAAUCAUUAGCACCAGUAGCUUCCAAUAUAGCUUAUAUGGAAAUGCUAUAUGGCUCUCACGAGUUUAUGCCAAAGAAUUCUGCCCUAGGAAGGAUUUCUAGUUCAUGUGAUGAAGACAAUAUGGAUUCUAUGGUGUGUAAGAAUGUGAUUUUCUAUAUCUGCGGCUAUAAUGAUAAGCAGUUUAAUAAGACACUACUUCCCGUAUUCAUGAGGAAUCUGGGAACAGGUACAUCAUGGAAAACGGCCGUCCACUUCGCGCAAGAAGUGAAAUCCGGUGGUAAAUUCCAGCAAUUCGACUAUGAAUCGAAUAACCCACGAGUGUAUGGUUCACAGACGCCACCAGAAUACGAUUUGAGCAAAGUCACACUACCAAUUACAUUAUUCUGGUCAGAAAAUGAUCUACUAUCUAGUGAGAAGGACGUUAAAAUGCUGUACGAUAGACUACCGUCAACUGCGAGAAUGUAUAAAAUUGCGGACCCUGAAUUCAACCAUUUAGACUACCUCUGGGCGAAGGACGCUCCCACAUUAUUGAAUAAAAAGCUUUUAGAAUAUUUAGAGGAUACGUACAAGACAGAAAUAGGAGGAUUUUCUAUCAGCUUCGAUAUUGGUAAAUGAGUUUCGAAAAAUAAGAUAAUUCCUCGUCGAGGGUGACGUGAAAAUGUUUCUUGUAACGAAGUAAUCGUGGAAUAUUGGAUACGUGACAUUUUCUAACAGCUUCGUUGAGUGAUGUCGACAUUUCUCUGUUAACUAUAUACUGUGAUAAUAUAGGAUAAAAUUGAAUGUAAUAAAUGCCUUAUCUUCAAGCUCAAUUCGUUAUCUAUUCUAAUUUAGUGAGAAUUUCGACAACGUAUCGAGAAUUU